AUCCGCAGUGCAGCAAUUGAAUGUAGAUUUUGUUACGGGUGUAGGUUUUUUAAAUAGUGGGUGAGUCGAAGGUGAGUAAAAAAUUCUUCUAUUUUGAGAGCUUAAAAUAAAAUUGGAUGUUUAGUUAUCUGCAGGAACUUUACUUAUACAACCUGAAAACCGAUUUCUCUAGGACCGCUCAGUCUUUCCAUGAUGUCAGUUCAAAAAACCAUAGAAUCAAUCUAUUCCUGGCAUAUUGCCUUGUUUCAAUUUCUGAUUGUAGAAUUAUGGAGCGAAUCAAUGAAAACUUUGAAAGUAAGAAAUAUUGCUUUGUAUUCCAGUCUUUUGACAAAGUUUGACAAUGAGUACAAAAGUAUUAAAUGAAUUGACGCUGGCAUACCCCAAGAAAGUGAAUAAGGUUCUUUACUAUAUCUGAUAUUUACAACCGACCUACCAACAGACACAAACAUUACCACGGCCACAUUCGCAGAUGAUACAGCAAUCCUUGCACCAAAAUCCCAAAACAGCCCUUAAAAACUUGCAGAAUAUCCUGACCAAAAUGUAGCUAUGGUAGCUAAGGGAGAAUAGAAAUAAAUGAGAACAAAUUACAACAUAUACCAUUUACAAUGCAUGAAGAAAUAUGUUCGGCUGUGCAAAGGAGUCCCAAAAGGUGAUGAAGUCAAAUAUCUGAGGAAGUUGAACUGGAGGACUUGAUACACUAUAAAAGGACAAUUUACCCGAAUUUAUUUUUGUAAAAAAAAUAUUGUAUAUUGAUAUCAUACAUAUUAUCAAUUCUUGAUCAGAAAACAUUAGAUAUUGACAACAAAACAUGAUAUUUAGUCAAAUUCAGAUUUACACUUCCUUUUGAUAAAUUCAACAGAUUUAAACAGGUUCUUUGAGGCUGUUUAAUAUUGAAUAAAUUAAUUUUGCCAGUGCAAUUUUCAAUCAUCUGUUAGGUGUUAGCACAGACCACACCAGACGGGAAAGUAGAUCCAAAAAGAAGGCAGUUUUUUUCAUCAUUGUUCAGUACAUUACAAAUCGUAUUUAUCUGUCUUUAUCACACUUACUACAAAACGUUUGUAGAGGCGCUUUUGUAUUUACAGAAAUCUUUCGAAAGUUACAUUAUUUGCACACAGAUGUCACUACCAUAAUUGACAUUAAUAAAUGGAACGUGAAAUGACACAUGUAAAACCCCGCCGUUCUGUUUUGUUCAUCACGUUACAUGCACUUGGAUUCUAUUUGUGGGUUUGUGUGGUUUCAAUAAUCAUCAUUCACCGGAAAAUGAGAUUUUGUAUUGUGUGCGGUAAUUCUGAAGACGACGUAAAGCAUUUAUUUUGCUUUCCCCGUAGCGCAGACAGGUAAACAGAAAAUUUAUUAUCUUGUUGUGUAAGUACCCAUACGUUUAUGCAUGUUAGAUGAAUGUUUGGUUUUUUAUUACUGAGGUUUCCUUACUGCAAAGAUUAAAAUCGAGCUUUACCAGAUGAAACUAAAAAACAGGUUGCUAUUUUACAAUGUACAAUAAUUACAUGUGUGUUACAGGUCGCAAAUAUGGCAGGAAGCUGUGGGAAUGUAAUAUAGACCACUAUGUGGCCAUGUUAGAAUCUGCAAUGAGCAUUUCACAAAAGAUAGAUUUGUGCCGUGUACCUCAGUUUUACGUUUGAAAGCUGAUGCAGUGCCCACAAUUCUGGAAGUCCAGAAGGACCAUGUUAUGAAGGGAUUGGACCAGAUAGCAAAUAAAAAAGUAAACAUUAUAUCCCAAUAUAUAAUAAAGCCAGAACCACAGACUCUUUUGGAUACCAAAUCAUUAAGUAAUGCAAACAGUGAAGUUACUGAACAUGAGAAAACAAAUUCCUCUCAGUCACCAUCCCAACGGGCUGUCACACCAAUUUCAAGUACAGUUAGAUGUAGAAGGUCUCUUUUUAAGGACGUUGAAGGCUUGUGUUCAACCCAGAUAACACCAAGAAAGCAAAAGUUGAUGGUUAUUGUGAAGAGGAAGCAGGGUCGCAUAAGAAAAUCACAAAAAGUUUGCAAACAAAAAGGGAAAAGGAUUAAAACUUUAGAAAAUAUAGCAAUGAAUAAUUGUUUCAAAGGCAUGCCAUCUACCAUAUCUAACUUUAUGAUGUCUCAGAUUCGUUGUGCCAAGCGCUCGCCACAUGGAAGACGGUGGACACUGGAUGACAAAAUACUUGCAUAACGUUUUGUUUCAGUUUUCUUGGAAUCCCUAUGAUCUAAUGUUACUAGUUCUCAUUCAGUCUGUGUUUGUUAUGAAAAGAUGUGGCAUUAUUAUUAUUGUGAAUCUUUGUUGUACUUAUGCAAAUACAAUUUGACAAAGCUCAA